UACAGGAUGAGAGGCGCACACGACACGCGCGGAUGUGCAGAGACAGCCCGAAGAACUCGUCUCAGAGACAACUGAAGCCAUCGUGGUGAGAAAAUGAUGAUGUCUUCCUACCUCCAAAGCACUUCUGCGCCUCCUCAUGGUUUGGUGUAGCACCGAUAUCUGAACUGCAGGUCUCAACUAAGCUCAGGUAGAAAACGACAACAUAAAAAAAAAAAUCAAGAACCAGGAAGCUGGACUUGAUAUUCAUUGACUUUACCCCAAAGUAAACUUUUAGUGUUUUUCCUGAAGGGGCCAUGCCCCACCUGCUCAACAGUGACAGUUCCUUCAGCUCCAGGCAAGAGCUGCUGGACCUGCAGGAUGGACCCGUGGGCCCCUGUGUGGACUUGCCAAGCCCAUUGGAGUCACAGGUCAGCACACCUGCUGGCUCCACCCCUUACCGUCCAUCCAUAGAUGCCCCCAUCAAUACGACCAAGAACAGUGUUAGUCUAGCUGGGGCAAAAGUGGGGGAUAAUUAUCUGUCCUCGGAUACAGAGAACCUGUGUGGAUGGGGAGCUCUGACCCCCAAUUUCAUCCAGGGCUUCAACACGGCCCGCUGGGUGCUCUUCUUCUUAUGUGUGGCCUCAUUCCUCCAGGGUAUGAUAAUCAACGGUUUCAUUAACACCGUCAUCACAUCCAUUGAGAGACGCUUUGACCUGCGCAGCUAUCAGGCCGGGCUCAUUGCUAGCUCCUACGACAUUGCUGCCUGCGUGUGCCUGACGUUCGUGAGCUAUUUUGGGGGCACAGGGCACAAGCCCCGCUGGCUGGGCUGGGGAGUUUUCAUAAUGGCUCUGGGCUCGCUCGUGUUUGCACUGCCGCACUUCACCACGCCAGAUUACCAGCCCAGAGUACUGGAGCAUACGGGGCUGUGCUCAGCCAAUCAGACAGAGGAGUGUGGGGACGACAAAGGAAGUGGACUCUCAUUGUACCGCUACAUCUUCAUGCUGGGCCAGUUUCUGCAUGGAGUUGGUGCUACACCGCUGUACACACUUGGCGUCACUUACCUGGAUGAGAAUGUCAAGUCCAAUUAUGCACCUGUCUACAUAGGUAUCUUCUACACAGCAGCUAUUAUAGGCCCGGCAGCUGGAUAUUUGCUGGGUGGCUUCUUCCUCAACAUAUACACGGAAAUUGGCCAAAUAACUCUGCUGACCCCAGAAAGCCCACUGUGGGUGGGGGCAUGGUGGAUUGGCUUCCUGGCAGGAGGAGCCGCUGCACUCAUCACUGCUCUACCCAUUUUGGGCUAUCCUCGCCAACUGCCAGGCUCUCAGCGCUUUAUAGCCAUGCGUGUGUCUGAGGCUCAUCAGCUGAAGGAUGGAAGUCAAGCGACCGCCUCUGAUCCCCACUUUGGAAAGACAGUAAAAGACAUGCCUAGGUCAGUGUUGCUGCUGCUAAAGAACCCUACGUUUAUUUUUCUAUGUCUGGCUGGUGCUACAGAGGCGACUCUAAUCGCCGGCAUGUCCACUUUUGGGCCCAAGUUCCUGGAGUCUCAGUUCAGUCUUAGUGCCUCCGAGGCAGCCACCUGGUUUGGCUACAUGGUGGUACCCGCUGGAGGGGGCGGCACCUUCCUGGGUGGCUACAUUGUGAAGAAGCUGAACCUACGUUGCCGUAGCAUCAUCCGCUUCUGCAUGCUCUGUGCCCUGGUGAGCCUUGUGGCCGUCUUCGUCUUCCUCCUACACUGCCCCAACGUGCCUAUGGCUGGAGUGACCACACCAUACCAGAGCAGCUCUCAACACAUCAGCUCCUUCUACACACAGCGUCAGAGCAGUUUUGCAGUAGGUAGGAAUUUGACCGUAGACUGUAAUGCAGAAUGUCACUGUGUGGAGGCGCUGUAUAACCCAGUGUGUGGAGCUGAUGGUGUGAUGUACUACUCUGCCUGCCAUGCUGGCUGCAGUGCCGUCAACAACACACUCAGGCACACAGGAAGACAGAUGUUCACAGACUGUAGCUGCAUUAUGGGUAAUAUGUCAAGUGGCGAGGAAGGCCUGGCCAUAGCAGGAAAGUGUAGCUCCUCCUGUAACCACAUGCCAGCCUUCCUCACCUUCUUCUUCAUCAUCAUCUCCUUCACCUUUCUGUGCAGUAUCCCUGCUCUCACAGCUACUCUGAGGUGUGUCCCUGACAGUCAGAGGUCAUUUGGACUGGGCAUUCAGUGGAUUGUAGUGCGAACACUGGGUGGCAUCCCAGGUCCAAUAGCGUUCGGUUCAGUGAUUGACAUCUCAUGUCUGCUGUGGCAAGAGCAGUGUGGAGAACGUGGGUCCUGUUACCUUUACCAGAAUUCUGCCAUGAGCCAAUACACACUCAUUGCUGGCCUCAUCUACAAGUUUUUGGGCACUGUAUUCUUCAUGCUGGCAAGUGUGCUGUACAAGCCUCCUCCAGAAUCUCCUCAGAAUAGCUGUGAGAACACAGACCACAGUGCAGCAGACAAAGGUGUAGAGGUUGGACACCUGCCAGUCAAAGACCUCCCACCUGAGAUCAUAGCCAACGUACAUGCCAAGUUGUGACCUCCAACUCCAAACACACACCUGCAUGAGUGUGUGUGAAUAUGUGCGUGACCAUCAACUUUAUCACAACCUCAGACACAUGAACCUGCACUGUGGUUAUUAUGUCUUCAUUUGCACACAAAUUGGGCCAGGCAUGCCUCGCACAAAUAUGAUACAUCUGAUACGUAAAGAUCAUCUGAUACUGCAAACAUUUUGCAGAUGGAUCACAUUUGUCCUUAAUGAACUGUUGAUAAAUGCUGGAAGAUGCAAAAGAAGGGACAUGGGUCAUGUAUUAAAUGUUCAUGUUUGAUCAGUAUAUUUUAGUUAUUAAAAUUCUUUCUGACAGCCCAAGUUAUCAUAGAUCAGAGAUUGUAAGCUCAGUCCUAGAGGCCCACCACCUAACACAGCAGGUCCAACUUAUGCAAGGCUUGAGAAAUUGCUCAUGAGUUGGAUUGGGUGUGUUUGGAGCAGGGAGAUGCUACAGGGCACCCAGCCAAAGAUUUUUAUUUUUUUUAUUUAAUUUUUUUUAACAAUGUAUGCAAUGCCAUUUAUGAGCCAAUGCAAACAGUAUAGCCAUUAUUCUUGCAGGAAAUCAUCGAAAUUAUACUGUAGUACAUACUCUAGUUUUAAAGACACAAAAACUCACCAUCAAUUCUCAUUCUUUCUCUUCAUUAACUGAUUUAUCCUGGUCAGGGUCGUGGUGGGGCCAGAGCCUAUCCCGGGAACACUGGGUGCGAUGGAUGAGUCCGUCGCAGGGCAUAAUUGCGCACACAUUCACAUACUCGUUCACACCUAGGGGCAAUUUAGGGUAACCAAUACUCCUAUUGGCAGGCCAAACUUACGAUCGAUCCUGGAGCUGUGAGGCGGCAACGAUACCUGCUGCGCCACUCUGCUGCUCAUCGUUAUAGAUUAGGUAUCAAAUAUACAGUAUAUUGACUUGUACUUUCUACUAUAAAGGCCUAUCCUAUUUUAAAGCACUUAGAAAUUAAACAAUAGGUACUAAUAUUUUAAAAGUAUAAAUGAUACAUAAACAAGACCGGAAUAUCAUCAAAUGAUUGAAACUACAGUAAUUAAAUCAACGAUUCAUUUAAAAGACUUUCUUGCAGAUAGCAAGGAGACUCUAUGUAUUAUAGGUGUCUUGCUAGACUACACAAGAAACAAACAAUUCGGAUGAUCGCGUAAUGAUCCUGCUGAGCCGGCAACUCUUAUAACCUGCAACUCUGUUUGCACUUUAACCUCCUAAAACUAAUUCACUGAUCCACUCAACACCAUAUAUGAUUAUAUAGGCUACAAUAUUAAUACAGUAUAUAAGCCAUUAUCAGUGUUCUUACUAUGGCGCACAACUCUUUGAGAUAUUUAUGCCUUCUUUCCUUGGCUAACUAAAAGUACAAAUAUGGCCUAAAGCUUUAUGCUUUUUAAACAGAUUUCCAGUGCCAAAAUACUGUCCUUUAGGACUUGUGCAGUUCAGAAUGGCCUUAAGGAUUUGGUUUAUGUUGCAGCUUACAAAAAAUGAAGGUGGGGGUAAAAAUAUGUUAUCAGCUUACCUAUUUGGAAUUGUAACCAGUAUGAUCUGUGGUGAUUUAUAUUUUACAACAGCAGUUCAGCAUAUAUUCAGUACGUCAUAAUAACCAUUUUUUUUUUAAUUAGUAGAAUUUUACAUCAAACUUGUGCCAAGCUGAAAGUUAAUGUCCAUUAAUGUCACAUCACCACAUUGUGAUCAUUUGCAUCCCUUGUGCGUGAGUGCUGCGAUGCUGCACUGUUUCACAAAUGUGGUCCAUUUUAAUUUGCAAACUAACAAACGCAUAGCCAGUGGCACCUUUAAUACAUUUUAUGAUCAUUUUUACCAGCAUAUAUACUUUUUUUACUCAUUUGUGUUGAAAGACUAUUUAUAUAUCACAUAAAUAUUGGAAAUUUUUUGAAAAGGGACAAGUGUAUUGAAGCCCUAACGCCCUUACUGGGUUUAUUCCCCAUGAAAUCCACUCAAAAAAAACAUUUUGAGGAUUUGCACAAUAUCACUGAAAAUGGGAGGGGUGAUAAUAGCAGAUUUUUUUUUAGUUUGUAUUGUUUAUACUGUAUUUAUUGUGAUUGCCCUAAUGACUGCAAGCAACUAUGCCUCAUAUUCCAUCGUGUUAUUCCCAGUAAACAUCUGUGAUUAUGAUAAUGACCGUAAUUCUCUUGAUGUUAGUUGUAGAUUUGCAUAGCGACAUCCCAUCACAUUCCAAUAAAAAUGGGGGUUGGGGUAAGAAGGGGCUUUACAGUUCUGGUUUGAUACUUUUGUUUAAGAUCUCUUUUUGAUGCAAACAUUUCAGUAAAUGUUUUUUAAGAAGCAACAGCUAAAUCCACAACCCUGUGUCUGAGUCAUGUUUCAUGUGAUUUCAUAUUGGUUAUGUGUGUGUGUUUGUGGGUGUGAAUGUGUUGCAGAGUUUAUUAGAAUGUAAAUGUAAUGAAAUUAAAAUGCACACAUUCCCCUGGACUAAACGGACUUCCUGGACUCCAAACAAGCUCUGAUUUCCCCAAAUGAAUAGUUUGAAUUAAAAUAAAAUAGAAUGGUUACUGGAAUGUCUAUCCAAUAUGUAACUAGAUAUAAAUAUCAGGAAGUAAUGCCUACCAUCCAGAAUUGCUGAUAUAGAGAAAAUCUAA